UCACAGCAAAGCCCGCCCGCCCGCGGCCCGCCUCUUCUUCUCCUCCUCUCUCUCCGGUAACCAAAUUCCCUCAUCUUUUUCUUCUUCCAUUACCGGCGAAAGUCUCCCCGCCUUCUAUUUCUUCUUCUCAAUUCCUCUUCGUCCGCCGCGAAUCGAAUCCAUCGCCGACAGGCCGCCACCGAGUCUAUCCUUAGCUCGCCGCUCUUAACUAAAACUAAAAAUUUGCCACAAAACUAUUUAGUGGAGCUCACAUACAGAUACAGCUGGACAAUCUUUUGGCUGGAAAAUCUCAGUAUUUUGGGCCUUGGCGGGAAAAUAGCCAAAUCGCAACAGAUUCGAACGCUCCCCCGGUUCAAAAUUACUCGAGAUGCCUUCGUCUAAGGAAGAAAUCUCCGAUUCCGACGAUGGAUUCAGCGAAGAUAUGGAGGCACUAAGAAGGGCUUGUCAGCUAAUCGACGAAACACCUACCUCCACAACAACCGCCGCCGCCGCCUCCGGCAUUGCUAGUCCAGGUUCCUCUUCCGAGGGGGACUCUGUCAGUGAGGGAGACGAUGACCAUCAAUUAGUUCAGAGCAUUCAGAAACGGUUCGCCUUUCCCACGAAUUUGGGGGAAGAACCUCUCAAGACGAAACCGUCGUGUACCGUGCUGCCUGAUUGGUCCGACAGCGAGGAUAUUGAGGACGAUUACGAAACCCUCCGAGCUAUUCAGCGGCGGUUUUCUGCCUAUAAUGAUGGCAGCUUGAAGGACAACUUUGAGGAAUUUUCGCAUACACAUGAGCAGGUGGGUGCUACUAUUAUAGACUCGGAAAAGGAAACUUCGAAUAGCUUUGUUGAGAGAACUAAUGCUCGAGAAGGGUUUCUCAAUUGUGUAGAUACGAGCGAGCCUACUGGAAAGAAUGUAGAAGCAUGUGAUAAUGCUGGUGGGAGUUCUGAUCUAGCUGAAUGGAAUGAAACAGGUGUUGAUGAUGAGGCUGAAUUGCCACUCAGAACUUCUCAAUUUCCUAACUCAGCCCUAGCAUUUGUUGAUGCUAUCAAGAAGAACAGAUUGUGUCAAAAACUUAUAAGGAGUAAGAUGAUGCAAGUGGAAGCCAGGAUGGAGGAACUUGAUAAGCUAAUAGAGGGUGUCAGAAUUCUUAAAAACUUUCAGGUUGAUAGCAAGAAGAGGAUUGGGAGAUCUUUUUCACAGAAAAAAGAUCCUCGUGUUCGGUUAAUUUCAGUGCCAAAGCUGAAGGCAAACCUGAAGCCCAACGAAAACAAUAUUCCUGCUUCGUGCAAGGGACCUCCAGAGAAUGUACAUGUUCCCAACUAUAAGGAGGCAAUGGAAACAUUUUCUAUCCCUUGUAAUAAGGAGAAGUGGUCUAAGGAAGAGAGGGAGAAUCUUUUGAAGGGUGUGAAACAACAAUUUCAGGAAAUGUUGCUCCAGCAAUGUGUUGAUCGACUCAAUGAGGCAAAUGGAUAUUAUGAGUCAAGUAAUGUUGACAGCAUCAUGGAAACAAUUAAAGAAACUGAUCUAACACCUGAGAGAAUGAGACAAUUCUUGCCUAAGGUUAACUGGGAGCAGCUAGCUGCUAUGUAUGUUCCUCGACGGACUGGUGCAGAAUGCCAAGUGAUGUAUUUGAACUCUGAAGACCCCUUAAUUAAUCAUGGCCCUUGGACUGCGAUGGAGGACAAGAAUAUCUUGCACAUUAUACAAGAGAAGGGUUUUAUUAACUGGAUUGAUUUUGCUGCAACACUUGGGACAAACAGAACCCCGUUUCAAUGCUUAUCACGCUAUCAAAGAAGUCUUAAUGCUUCAAUACUCAAAAGAGAGUGGACCUCGGAGGAGGACAAUCAACUUCGAGCUGCCGUAGAGACGUAUGGUGAGAGCAAUUGGCAGGUCGUUGCUAAUGCAUUAAAAGGAAGAACAGGUACCCAGUGCUCUAAUAGAUGGUUGAAGACCCUUCAUCCAGCCAGGAAAAGAUCUGGAACAUGGACUCUAGAGGAAGACAAACGCUUGAAAGUUGCUGUAACGCUUUUUGGGGCAAAAACAUGGAGAAAAGUAGCCAAGUGUGUGCCGGGUCGUACACAUGUACAAUGCAGAGAAAGAUGGGUCAAUUGCUUGGAUCCGUCCAUCAUUCAUGGCGAAUGGACCAGAGAAGAAGAUUUAUUAUUGCAAGAGGCUAUUGCAAAGCAUGGAUACUGUUGGUCCAAGGUUGCUGCCUGUAUUCCCCAUCGCACUGAUAACCUUUGUUUGAGGAGAUGGAAGGUGUUAUGUCCAGCUGAAGUUCCUCUGCUGCAAACUGCUAGAAAGAUACAAAAGGUUGCUCUGAUAUCAAAUUUUGUCGAUAGGGAGUCUGAACGACCUGCCCUUGGACCUAAAGACUUUCUAUUGCCAGAGCCAUUGCGUAUUACUGGAAAUGAAAAUAUUGAUCCUUCUACGCAAAAAAAGAAAAUAUCAAGAAGGCGGAGGGGGGCACGUAAACAUAAUGAAGAAGACGACCUUUCCAGUGAAAAUUCAGAAGUAGUUCUGAUGUUGACUGAUGGGAAUGAGCUUGAAAUGCAAGGAAGCUCCGUUCACAGAGAAGGAACGCGUAGAAGUACACGUUUGCGGAAGAGAAGUACACGGUUACUUGAUGUAUACGAGGGGGAAGAGAUUACAGAGCCUCGUGUUAGUGAUGGUAACACUACGAGAAAAUCUAGGCCACAGAAGAAGAGAUCAGGAAAAGAUGCUGCUACCACAUCUGCUGCAGUUAUAAGUGAUGAAGCAUGCUUUGAAGAGUACAAACAUCUUGAUCCGGGAGAAGAACCAACUCCAGAGGUAGAACUUGGAGGCAAGGAUGCCAUCAUCACACAACCGGUGAAGGUUUCUAAGCUGCAUCCAAGAAAGCGGAAAAGUCAAGUGCUCAAGGAAGCUCAACAUCUUGAUCCAGUUGAAGAACCAACUCUAGAAGUCGAACUUGGAGGCAAGGAUGCCAUAAUCACACAACCUGCAAAGGCUUCUAAGCUGCAUCUGAGAAAGCGGAAGAGUCAAGUGCUCAAGGAAGGUCAACAGACGAAGUCCAAAGCGCCAAGGCAAGCUGUGAUGAAAAGACGAAUGAAAAUGGAUAAAAAACUGACCAAUGCAACAGAUGAUCAUCCAUUGUCUUUCCCUGACCCAGACAUUUUGGUUGAUGAUACGAGAGCAACAGAAGCUGGUUCCACGGAAGGGAAGAACAUUGAAGACAUGCAGCUAGCUUUGGUGGAAAUAGAAGGGGAUGACAUGAAUCUCGCCUCAUCCCUUCAGCAACCAGGAGAUGAUGCAACAAGUCCGUCACCAUUUAACGUUGAUGACUCACUGAGGAAGAGGAAGAAAAGUUCCCAGAUCCACAUCUUUUACCAGUGUAAAAGGAGAAAAACUGGAGACGGGGAUCGUUCGAAGCAAACGCUAGUGGAAGAGGGAUUAAGAAGAGAUGAUCAAGCUGAGGCUGGAGAUGAUAUGACUAUUGCUCAAAUUUUGCAGCAAAUUAAGGAAAGGAGAAAGUGAAUACCCUUUGAUACUAGUAUGCAGCCACUUCUGAAGAAGGGUAACAAUGUUUGGAAAUUCUUUUAUAGGAAUGUAGAAGCAGGUAUAUAGUCAUAACCAGUGAUUUCAUGAUUCUCAACUCCUGAAACUUUUAUUAGGUUAAACAUUCUUUCUAGUAAUUGUCUCUUAUCACUUUAUGACAUGGGAUUUUAGUGCUUAUAGUUAUAGUUA